AUGGCGGAUUUGCAGUCAUGUGACCAUUUUAACCGUGCUGCAAAAUUCGAGUUUUCACGAGGUAUUUCGUUUUGGGCGUCGAAGUUAGCGAAGUAAACUUGAUUUUUUGCCCGAAUUUUAAAGCAAAAUUAAAGAAGAAAUACUGAAUUUUUCAAUCCCAAGAGAAACUCAAAGGUAUAUACUAUCGACUUCAUGUAAAAUGUUCACAUUUCAACAACGAAAAGCGUUUCAAAGUUGUUGUCAAAGUUGGCAUAGAAUCGCAAACCGCUUCGUCUUCGAGCCUUGUUGUCUGACUCGACUGGCGUAUUCUUGAAUUUAGCCUUGCCUUUCGACGUUUUUUGUUCUUUUUAGUAUCUCAAACUGUAUUGAAGUGUUUUAACUAAGGUUUCCGGGUGUUUUAAAGCUAAAUUUGUUUUAAAAUUUAUCGUUUUAGUGAGAACAAGAUUAAAUUCUCACCCGCGUGCAAAUGGCCCAAGUCAACAUGGCUGAAUUUUACAAACAAAAUUAAACGCGAAAUGUUGAAGUCCCAACAUCAAAAGAAGCUUAAAGAUUGAACUAAGGUUUGUAUAUUCUAUAAUUCCUACUUUGUGUAAUAUUUUCGUGUUUUGUUGGCGAGUAAAAAAGAGUUGAAAGUUGAAAUUCAUAGUUGACGAAGUUCACGGUCGCAAGUCGCCUUGAUUUUGAUAUUUGUCAAUGGCAAUGCGCGUCCUUUGGACGUGAUGAUUUUCUUAUAUUAUUAAUUUAAAUCAAUAGAAGUCUUUCAAUAAAGUAUUCAGAUUGUUUAGAGCUAAAGUUAUUUUAACAUUUAUCUGUUUAGUAGAAACAAGAAAUGAAUUCUCAAGCCAAAGGCCGAAAGUUUGUGCAUCGUGGAUGUGGAACGCAAUGCAUCCGUGAUUGCUAAUUGGCUUUGUAAAAAGAUCGCUUUGCACUAUGUGUUCUGUCAAAGGAGAGUCAUAUAUUCAACAAUGCAGAGGUCAAUGCUUCAGACGUUGGGCUAUGAGAGAAGAACUAAUAUCAAAGUAAUUGAAUUAAAAUUUUACCUUUUAAUAGUAUAGUAAUACAGUGUGUAUAAAAAAGUACAACCUUUCAAAUUCAAAUUAACGAUAAUUAUACAGGGUGUAUAAAAAAAAACUGAACAGAUUUGAAAUUGCUCUCAAUUUCGCAAAACACCUAUUUGUAUCUGGUUUUUUAUAUAUAUAGCUUCUUUGGGUACUUAUAAUGUAAAAUAAUGAAAAAAAUUUCUCGAACUCAAAUUUUGUGAACCAGGGGGUGUGUCUUUUCCAACGAACUAAAAAUGGCUCGUGCACAAAAUUUAAAAGUUGUAAGGGAAAGUACAUUUAUUACACCGAGGGAGGGGGAUGAAGAUGUCUUGAAAAAAGCUCAUAUUUUUACAGGGCCCCUGUUGAGGUUAUCGGUAAAUUUCGAUGCCCCCCUCCAAGUUUUUAAAAUUUUCAAUGCCCCCCCCCCUCUAGAAUUCGGAAUCGAAGGAGUACAAUCCGGAAUUCUCUCUUAUCAUAGAUACAAUUUGCAGUUCCUCAAGAUGUCUGAUAUACUCAAGCAUGUGCUUCUCCUCAACAAAACUACCGAUCUGCUGCUUCUUUCACCUCACUAGCGCCAGAUGAAAUGGCACCAGUCUUUAAAACAUUUUAAAUUGGCUCUAGGGGUGAAAUUAUCAACAGGUUGUUGUUGUCCAUCAUUCAGCGUAUUCGGAGUCUUGAACACGUUCAUGUAGUGGCCAGGAUUUCCUGGAUCAGGGUAAUGUGCUGGAACCUUACAGUAUGUCGCCCCCACCCAACGUAUCUCCCGGCAUCUGUUGCAAAUGCCUUUGCAUGCCUGUCAAAAAUGCAUGCAAAAGUGCCAGUAUGCUUCAAUUUCUUUAAUUUCCAUCCCGUUUGUACGAAAUAUCCCAUAAACAUACAACAUAUCAUUCUUGCAAAUUGUAUAUGGUGCAAAAAAAUUUAAAAUAAGCUAUAGGUGAUUUCAUGUAUCCAUUUAGAAGAGCAGACUAAGGAUAUCUUAAAACUGAAAUCGGUUUCGAAUACAACCAUCAGGAACGUAGCAAAGCAUCUGACGUUUGGGGUGGGGGGGGGGGAUGUCAGAGGAUUAUACGUGUAAUAAUUAUAAUAAAGCUUUUUGUGAUUGAUUGGCACUCUUAUACUAUAAAGUUUUUAACAUUUUCGAAGCUCUAGGACUGAAUUUCUGGCGUUUUCUAAAGCAAAUUUCGCAAACAAAUUGCAUGUAAAUUGACUGUAUUUUACAAAAAUGGUUAUCAUUUCACAAAAAUAAUUACUUUAUUACGCAAAUUUUACCUGAAACUGAUGUAAACAUUUUAACUUUAAUUUGCUGGGGUCAAACCUUUGAAAAGUUUAGAGCCCCCCCUUCAGUAUAUCAAGAACUUUCAGAGCCCCCCCUUUAAUGCCAGAAAAUAUUUUGGACCCCUCCCCUUAACAUCUUCAUCCCCCCCCCUCGGCAUAAUACUCCCUAAUCAUAUUUUGAGUUAAUAGAUUCAAAAUUUGUCGGGUUUUUAAUUACUGUACCAAAUUUCAGACAAUUUGGUUUAGUUUAAGCCUUUAACUAUUCAUUUUGUUCUAAAAAGUCAGCCUUUCGCAUGCUUAAUUAAUGCAUUUACCUAACUUGCAUAUUGCUGACAUAUGCAAAUUAGGCAAAUGCAUUAAUUAAGCAUGCAAAUAGCUGAUUUUUCGGGAAAAUUGUAACUUUGCGUGAAUAGUUAAAGGGCUUAAACUCAACCAAAUUGUCUGAUAUUUUGUACAGUAAUUAAAAACCCGACAAAUUUUCCAUCUGUUAACUCGAAAUAUGAUUGCAGCUUUUAAAUUUUGUGCGCGAGCCAUUUUUAGUUUGUUGGAAAAGACACACCCCCCUGGUUCACAAAAUUUGAGUUCGAGAAAUUUUUCUCAUUAUUCUACAUUAUAAGUACCCAAAGAGGCUAUAUAUAUAAAAAACCGUAUACAAAUAGCUGUUUUGCGAAAUUGAGAGCAAUUUUAAAUCUUGUUCUCAACUGCUUUGAGUUAAUGAUACGCGACGAAAACAUGUCUUAUUCACAAAAGAGAUUAAUUAUAACUUCAUUUUAAUGCUGCUUGUACUGUACAUGGUAGUUCAUUGAGACUGAGUUGUUCGUACAUGCAGGGCCGUAGCAAGAUGGGGAAUUUGGGGGUUAACCCCCAACUUUUUUAGAAUUAACAUAUUCGGAAAAUGGGGUUGGCCAUUCGGAAAAUUACGGCAAUAAUAGUAUAACGAAAUUUUAGUUGUUAAACAGAGAAAAUAUUAUAGAAUUGCAUUGUCCGAGUAUAAACUGAUUUAAAGUCGAAAGCAUGGCAUUUACAUGGAUAACAAUUUAGAAAUCGUAAAUUGGUAAAUGUUUUUCGGUUUAUUACUUCUGUAAUAUGUCUAUGCGUAAAAUAUGCGUAUUUUUCAAGUGAAACCGUGCAAUUCCAUGUCAGAUCAUCGAUUACAAAGCUUAAUUUUCUUAAACAGCGAAAGAGAUAAUAAAUUAUUAAAGACAGUGUGGACCUAGACCUACUGGUUGAGAAAUGGUUCAUGAAGACGAAUAAAUUUGCGACAUUUAUCAUGCCUGCAAUGGCAUUUUCAUUGCGUUUUAUUGAAACAGAAACAAUUGCUGUCGCACAAUAUAUAGCCAUUGUGGCAUUGUUGUGAAACUUAUUACAUGACUUUAUUAUUAUAAUAUAAUUAUGAUACAUUGAUAUUCUAAGUGCGUCUAAUAAAAACAGCCUUAAUCAAUUUAUAAUUUAUUGCGUCUUCAUUUUCCGGAUAGCAAACACUUUCCAGGGCCGUAGCAACCAGGGGGCUGCAGCCCCCCCCCCCAAAAAAAAAAAUUACGAAUAAUCAUUCUUUUUUCAAAAUCAUGCAGACCUUUAUCAUUUAAAUAAUAUAGCUUUAAAAUACAGACAAUUGAUUAAUACAAACUGCAAAGGAUGAAGAUAUUACCCAUACUUUUCUGCAACGUAUCCAAUAUAUAGUUAGUUAAAUGUACGCCUCGCCCAUUUAGUACUACUAAAUUGUAGACAAAUAGUAAAUUUCAACUGAUACUAAAACGCUGUUUUCUGACCAUCAGAAUUCUGUCAAAUCUUCCCCAAAGUCCAGGAAAUGGCACGACAACCCCCCCGAACUAUACGUGCUAGCUACCGCCCUGCGUACAUAUCCCAAAACUCCAUAUAAGUAGAAAGUCUUUUGUUUUACGGGUCGCUAACGUGUUCGAAGCAAUUAUAGCUUGUCAGAUGAAUUCAAUAGAAUAUGGCGUUAUGCUUGAUUUAAAUUUGAAAGGUUAUACUUUUUUUGAUGCACACUGGAUUCAAAGGGCAAAGAGAUUUUCGCCAUGUUGGAUGAUAUGUGCACUUAUAAAACUCAUUAAUAAUUCAUGAGAAAAUUCAAAAGAAAUGAAUGUUUAUAAUCAAUGUUUAUAAACCUGAUUUACAUAAACUUCAGCUUUGAUUUUCUCGGCUUAGACAAUGUUUAUUUUUAAAAUUACUUCGCCAAUGAACUCAUAAGAUGGGUCAUUUUUUAAGUACGAUAAAACAUCGCAUCCGAUUUUUAUCUGAUAUUAUACUGAACUCUCGCCUUCGGCUCGAGUCUGUAUAUCAGAUAAAGUUCGGCUGCUCAUGUUUUAUCUAAUACUUAAUCCUUUGUCAAUGUCAUCCAAUAUGGCGACGAUGACGUAAUUUACACACCGCCUAUCAGUGAACUCUAAUAAGACUGGAACGAUAACUCAGGUAAACAUGCCCAUACUUGCCUGAAGCCAACCGAGCAAGGAAAUUGCACUUUUAAAAGGACUAAGGAGAGUUUCGAGGAGUGGAAAAUUCAGUCAAAGUUUAUUUUCGACGAAAAAAAAGUCGUUUUUCAUCAAAAGACUUCAAUUUUAAAAACCCAAAUACGAUUUAUUUGAUAGUUAGAACUGCUUUGCAUCUUACAACAGCAAAAGUUUGAAGGAUAUCAGGUUUGUUUUCAUAAAAACGACACUAGUCGAACGUGCCGAAGUGAACUUUGCUCUUUAACUAAAAAAAAACAACUUUAAAACGUAAGUCUACGGACCAAUACCUUUUUUGUAUUAACGUCUAGGUAUAGUUGUUUAUUUUGAGUGCUUUUUGACUUCUCUAAAACGUGAAUAAAUCGAUUUUUCCGUAGAAAUCCCCCGUGAUUUGCGAUUUGUGAUUUGCCGCCCGGCCAAGUUCGCGCGCUGUGACUUUCAAAAAAGAACUGGGGAGAGUUAAAUUUCCUCGUAAUUUUGUUUUUUUAGCAAAAAUACACCGAAAAAUUAGGUUUUUCGUCCGAAGAUUUCAAUUUCAAAGAUUCAAACUUGGUUUUCUGGAUAGUUCUAAGUAUUCUACAUCCACUAACAGCAAAAUCUCGAAAGGUACCAUUUUUGUAUUAAAGAAAAUAACAAAAUAUUUUCCGUGCCGAACAAAAUACGACUUUCAGGUACACAAAAAAUAACGUUAAGUCUUUUCUACGGCUUCCAAACAUGAUUUGUGCAAUAGUCCAAGUAUCGUAGAUGUUUUUAAGCUUUUUACCUAUGUUCUAGCAUAGCUAGAAAGGCAGAAAUCCGAGUUUUUCGAAGAGGUGUAUUUUCGCCUCCGUACCUCCAAUGGCGGCCUUCAAUUUGGCUUCAAAGAUGGCGGCCGAGUUAUCGUUCCAGUCUUAUUAGAGUUCACUGCCGCCUAUAUACUCCUUUAUGAACUUCGCAUUGAAGCCAUAUGUAUUAAGAGGCAAUUUUUUUCAAUGUCACGUAUUUGCAAUGAAAAGUGUUCAAAACCUAAAAUCUUUUUGGCGUUCCUCUCAAAAUUACUUUGUUUUAGCUUUAUUCUCUAGUUUAUACAGUUAGCUACCUUUUUAAAUGCAUCUGCCGGUUGAGAAACAUAAAAUAAUAGUUAAAAAUUGUCAAUUAAAAUACAAUUAUCAAUGAUGCUUUAAAAUUGACACCAUAUUUACAGCCAUAUAAGCAAAACUUACUGAACUUCAGACGUCAAUUUCUCUUUGGCGUAUCAUCUAAAAUCUCUUCAUUUUAGCAUUAUUUUACAGAUAAAGCACUAAACAUACUUUUUAAGUCUGUUUGCCGAUUGAGAAACGUAUCGAAAAAUAAAAAUUUUGAACUUAGUCAUAACCUCAAGUGGUAUAUUAUACGCAUUAGUUUUGAGCGCGUGUUACGUAACAUACAAAAAAAACUCCUUAAUAUAUUUAUAUUUGUAUUUCUAUGUUAUUAAUAUCUCUUUUCCUACGUUUAUUUUUAGGCUGGAUGGAUCAGAACAGCGAU